GCUUCCUUCAUUAACAAGGUGCACAAUGGAUGUGGAUGGAGUAGGAGGUUUCAGGAUUCGCGAGCCGCAACCCCAGUCGUGCCCACCCGAUCAUUCUCACAUUGCACAUAGUUGGGCUGCACAUGGCCAGAUUACACCUGGAACUAUCACCUACACGACGAGCACUAACAGUGCAGACGGUCAGGUUACAAAGCAUCCUUUCAGGUAUGAACGCAUAUCUAAGACGUGUUGCUAAGCUCACUUCAUUUUGCUUGCAGGGCGGUGCCUGUAAGGCAAGUGGUUUACGAAUCGAUGUUGACAAGAUGCCUGAUCCAAUCAUGGUGUACAGCUAUCAGACCUCCCAAGGAAUUGUACAUGGUCUCCAAUGGGUCCCUACCGAUGCUACACAGAUCUUACUAACAGGCACCCAGCUCCCCAAUACAGUGAGUCCUCGGAUCACCUGAGUGUUGUCUCACGACCAUUGAGUACUGAGCAUGCGAAUAAGGGACUUGCGGCAGGAUCGUUUGGUCUCGAUCUUUCGGGUAGGGAAGAUGAUGUGGUAUCUAAGAAGUGGUACGAACAGAUCCCCCAUUUCACUUACCCUGGCGGACCUGAUCCCACCGUAUUGGCAGCAUCCCUGUCUUCCGUCCGAGGGCGCUCUCCUUAUAGUGCUCGCGCGCCCUCUCCAAUGUCACACUCACGCCCUGCUUCCCACGUGCCGUCCCCAUACCAAAGUCGUCAGCAGUCGAGAUCACCAUAUCCUUUCCACCGCACUCCUUCACCUGAUGUUCGCACUCACCCACGUGCGCCAUACCAGAGUCGUCAGCAGUCGAGAUCACCCUAUUCUCUCCACCGCACUCCUUCACUUCAUAUUAUCCCUCCGCAAAUUGUAUACCCGCAUGGGCAUGCCUUGGAGGAUCAGCCUAUUUUGGAUCCCCAGUUGCAAGUACCCUCUCCAUUUCCAAAUGCACCCACCGGGCCAGAGUUUUAUUCAUCUUCACGUAUGCCCAUCAUUGCUUUUCACAGAGAAUCAAUGUCGGACUCUUCUCCCCAUCCGUUCGCCCGUCCACCGGAUGCCACUCAAGCUUACACUCCGUUCAGUAUGAUAAAGAUUCAAGGCAUGGAUCAAUUUUCCAACCAGAUUCCAAGCAUGCCAUCGGUGCUCGAUACCCAUGAUGUUUACCACCAGGAUUGGAGCGCAUUUAUGAAUAGUAUUUUUCAUGCGUGGAUGGGAAAACUGCCCCUUCCCAAGUUUGCCGGGGGUUAUUCGCCUUCACGGGACUCGGCUGUUGUAGAUUUGAUCAAUCUGUGGAACAGUUCCUUCUUCGGUCCCCGCAGGGUAGAGGUAGUCCUCUACAAGGGCCGUGAGCGAUGGUCAGGCCCGUACGCAGGGACUGUAGACAAUGAGCUCUCAUUUCCUGAAUCGGAAAGGGAUAACGAACGCAAGCAGAAGUACUCGUUAUACUUGACCUAUGUUGUGUCUUAUCUUGGCGAUCGACUCGAGCCGACCAGGUCCCAUGACCUCAGAAGUUACAGUGGCGCACCCCGCAACCAUGCAUCUUAUCACUACUAUCACUGAUGGGAUAACAAGCUUGCAAGAAGGUGGAUGUGGGACUGUUGAUAUUUAUUAUUAUUAUUGAAUUAUGAUCUCUCGGUGAUAGCAAUUCUGC